ACUGCUUUUAACAUGUUCUCUUUCUCAGGUGGAAAAGACGGUUUGGUGGGAUUUCCAGAUUUCAUCUAUAAGCAUAUCGUCCCAGCAUGCUUCAUGGCCCCUCUGAAACCAACCUUUGACCUUUCAGAUGCCCAGACUGUUCUAACGCUGUCUGAGUGCACGCUGACUCUGCACAUGAUUCAUCUCAAAAGAGGGCUGGAGUGUAUUCAGUUUCUACAGGAGUAUCUGCCAUCACUGCAGGUCUCACCUGAAAUCACACAGGUAACUGAGACACACCUGCUUCCAUCAGGAUCAAUGACAGGAGUCAAGCAUUUCAUUUAAUUAAAACAUUGUCAGAUACACACAAAUUCAAUGGUCUUCACUAAAACUUG